CGGGGUUCACGUGGACCUGUGGCCGGCUCUGUCCGCGUGCAGCUGUAACGGACCACACCGAGCCGAACCUCCAAACUCUUCAGAAAUAAAGACUAAACAAACGACCGCAAACAGGGAGCGGAUCUGCCAAUACAGAUCAAAAAGCUGCGUCGCUGUUGCUUUGCUAAUUGACAUUUUGGACAGUUACUGGAGACACAAAACUUACAACCUACAAGCUGUCAAACUUUGCUAUUCGGAGAAGGUUAAACUAAGGAGGAACCGAGCCCUGCCGAGGAAAAAUGACACAAGAACUUGAAAAGCUGCUCUCUCAGCUGACAGAGCCGGACAAUGCAGUUAUUCAGCAGGCCACAGUUCAGCUCAAAGAAGCGUUUAAAGAUCCUGCCAUCAUCCCCGCCCUGUGUGCUGUCAUCAGUGGAUCUCAGAGUCCACAGAUUCGUCAGACGGCUACAGUGAUGCUGAGACUGAGGGUAAAAAAACAUUGGAAGAAAAUAAGUCCCAAUGACAGAGAAAGCCUGAAGGCAGUGGUUCUGCAAGCAUUUAUGCAGGAGACAGAACACUCUGUGCAGCACUCUCUCUCCCAGCUCUGCGCUGUGAUGGUAAAACAUGAGACUCCUGACCGCUGGCCUGCUCUGCUGCAGCUUCUCAAUCAGGCCACUAAGAGCAGCAAUCCUCAUGACAGACAGGUGGGCCUUCUGUUGCUGGCUAAAGUUGUGGAGUCAAACCCUGAGCCAUUCAAGCCUCACUACUGUCAACUGCUGCAGCUGCUGUCCACUGUACUGCAGGACCUGAACAACCCCACAGCUCUGUUCUACUGCAUCUCCACCAUCACUGCUCUCACCCCCUACACCGGCUCAGAGGAGAUGAACCAAAUGCGCUCCAUGAUUCCAAGUCUUAUCACUGCUUUGAAAUCACUUAUCAAAGCAAAUCAGGAUCAAGCCAGUGAGGCUAUGGAGGUGUUCAAUGAGCUUAUGGAGAGUGAGGUUUCCAUAAUUGUGCCACAUGUUGCCGCUAUUGUCAACUUCUGCCUGGAGGUUGGCACUGACAUCACUCUGGAUGCCUCCCUGCGUGUCAAAGGUCUCUCCUGUCUCACCUUCCUCAUCAAGUUAAAGAGCAAAGUUGUUAUUAAGCAGAAACUGCUGAAUCCCAUUCUGCAGUCCAUUUUCCCUGUGCUCACUUCAGCACCCCCUCCUGGUGAAGAAGACCCUGAGGAUGAAGAGGAUGAAGAUGGCGAAGAACAUGACAGCCCCAAACAUGUUGCUGCUCAGAUUAUUGACACCAUGGCACUACACAUGCCUCCAGAGAAACUGUUCCAGCAGCUGAUGCCUCUUGCUCAUGCAGCGCUGUCCAGUGAAAACCCCUAUCAGAGGAAAGGGGGCCUCAUGUGCUUAGCCGUGUUGGCAGAGGGUUGUGCCGACUAUAUACGCACCAAGAUGCUGUCGUCAGUGCUUCAGACUGUUUGCCAGAGUCUUUCUGAUAGUAAUCAGGUGGUGCGCAGUGCUGGCCUUUUUGCUCUUGGGCAAUUCUCAGAACAUUUGCAGCCGGAUAUCAGUAAAUAUUGUGCAGAGCUGAUGCCUUUGCUAUUGGGAUACCUGUCGUGUUUGAACCAAGCCAAGAUUGUUCAUGUCACAAAAGCAUUUUAUGCACUGGAAAACUUCAUGGAAAAUCUGGGUGCUGGUAUUGAACCUUACCUUCCCACCUUGAUGGAAUCCAUGUUGUCUACCCUCAACAAUUCAGAGAGCCUCAGGAUCAAGGAGCUUGCUGUGUCUGCUAUUGGAGCCAUAGCCAAUGCUGCCAAGGAGCUCCUAGUUCCCUACUUCCCCCCAGUUAUUGAAAGUCUGAAGGGUUUUCUCACUGCCACCUCUGAGGAGAUGAGAUCUCUGCAAACGCAGUCUUUGGACACUCUGUCUGUGUUGGCCCGCACUGUUGGCAAAGACGUCUUCAGUCCUCUUGCUGCAGAGUGUGUUCGUCUGGGACUCAACCUCACAGACAACAUAGAUGAUCCUGACCUCAGACGCUGCACGUACAGUUUAUACUCUGCUGUGUCUACUGUCAGCCCUGAGAGCCUGACUCCUCAUCUCACUGCCAUCACCACUGUCAUGGUGCUGGCUCUCAAGUCCAACGAGGGAAUUACAGCACACGUUGAGGAAGACAAAACAUUUGUGCUCCUGGAUGAGGAAGAUGAUGAUGAGGAGGAGCAUGAAGAGAAAGAUGUCAAUGACUUCCUAGAAGAUGACACUGAGCCUGAAGUCCUCGAGGCUUCAAGAUUCACUGUUGAAAACGCCUACAUUGAUGAGAAGGAAGACGCCUGUGACGCACUUGGAGAAAUAGCUGUCAACACAGGUGCUGCAUUCCAGCCGUUCCUGGAGACGUGUUUUCAGCAGGUUUACGAGAUGAGAGAUUAUGCUCAUGAUGAUGUACGCAAGGCAGCAAUGGGAGCCAUGGGCCAAUUUUGCAGUGCUCAGUAUAAAGUGUGGAAGGAAAAUCUCACUGACAGCAACUACCAGGCUUUACACAAAUUGUUGGAUGUGGUGAUGCCCUGUCUCCUCACGGCAGUCAAGUCUGAUGAGGAGCGGCAGGUAGUGAUGGGAGUUCUCGACACGAUUAACAGCGUUAUAAAAUCCUGCAAAGGAGAGGUGUUCAAAAACCCCACACGACUCAAAGAAAUUUGCAGCACAAUUACAGAUGUGCUAAAGAAAAAGACGACUUGUCAGGACGGUGGUGAUGAUGCAGAUGACGAUGAUCAACAGGCAGAGUACGACGCCAUGUUGCAGGAGUACGCAGGGGAAGGCAUCCCCCUAGUGGCAGCUGCUGUACCUGCAGAUGCCUUUGCCCCUUUCCUCAAUGACUUGCUGCCGCUGAUCAUGAGCAAAGCUAAAUCCUCUUGUACUGUGGCGGAGCGCUCGUUCUCAGUGGGCACUAUUGGAGAGUUAUUGGCUGCUCUGGUGAAGGCACCCGGUGGGCGGGGCCUGGCGGGCCGAUUGUCCAAUAGGCUGCUUCCUGUGCUAGUGGCAGGGGUGAAGGACUCUGACGACGAAGUGCGCAACAACAGUGUCUAUGCUUUGGGCUGUUUGGCCGAGGCUGCUGGACCGAUUGUAGCAUCAGACUACCCCAUGAUGCUCUCAGUGUUUUCUAAAUUGCUGGCCCAUGAGUCUGACCUUAGAGUGAUGGACAACCUGUGUGGAGCCCUCUGCAGGAUGAUUAUGGGCAAUGCAGAUGCUGUCCCGCUGGAGCAGGUUUUCCCGGCUUUGGUGGCUCGACUCCCGCUCAAAGAAGACCUGUUGGAAAACAAAACGGUUUAUAACUGCCUGGCCAUGCUCUACACCCGAAAUCCUGCUGUGGUUGUGCAGCAGAUUAAGCCAAUAGUAGCAGCUUCAACCCAUGUCCUGGGCCAUAAAGAUGUUGAUCAAGAGACCCAGAACACAGUGGCCCUUCUCCUGAGACAGCUGGCCCAGCAGCACUCCGCAGACUUCCACACAGCAGUAACAGCACUUCCUGGAGAUCAGCAGGCUAAACUCAGCGUAGCCAUCUCCUCCUAGCCUCAGCAAGCACCAUCUUUGACAUAAAUGGGACUGAACUUAAUCCAGCAAACUAAAUAUAGCAUUUGAACCAUUGUUCUAACUAGGGAUGGGUAUUCGAUGAAUUUUUCUUAAUUGAUCGUCGGAAGAAUUAACGAUCGAUUAUCGAUUAAUCAACGUUUUUAUAUUAAAUUAUCAUCAUUAUUAUUACUAUCUGCACUACUAAUCUGCAUAAAUAAAUUCAACCUUACGACAGAUAAACCGUAACCACUUUAGAGCCACAUCAGCCCGUUUGACAUUAUAAUGUGUUUAAUUCAGUUUUGCGCAACUCUCACAGAAACGAAACUUAAAACCGCAUCGCUAAUUUGCAUAAACUAAGCGAAGAGCUCUUGUGCGCUGAUGCUGUCAACUUCUGUCGGAUUAAAAGACAUGACUCAGUGGAAUACAGAUUAGUGUGACCAUAUUUGCGUUUGUCAAAACCAGGACACCGUACAGGGGGUGGGAGGUGGGGCCUCGUCAUUGACAUUGCGCUACUCUCACCUGGCAAAGCUUUUUCCCACUGGACACUGAAAUAUAUGUGCUGCUUUGUACACUGUGCACAUGGCCUCCCACUUGUCCCGACUGGAAAGGAAAGCGUGGAAUUUCUUGUACAAAUCGUUAAAUACGCAUUUGUGCUUCAGCGCGUUGCAGACUGACCGACUGUUUGUGUCUGCUCGCUCCUUCUGAGUGCAGAGAGCUACAUGUACGGACCCCCGUUUGGUCACACUACUCACAGCAACCUACAUUCGGUCUGUCGAUUAAAAUGAACGUAAUCGAUGAAAUUCUUAAUGAUCAAUUAUCGAUUAAUCAACUAAUCAUGCCCAUGCCUAGUUCUAACGUGGUUAUUAACUUCUCUGACUAUUCAUUUGUAUUUAUUUGUUGUUAGAAUGGGUUAAUGUUUUAUUAUUUUUAGAGUUGGACUUUUAUGUUACAAUCAGGGUUUCCAAUUGGCCUUCAUAUGUAUAAAAUACUGUAUUUUCCGCACCAUAGGGCGUGCUCAUAAGCCUCCAACCCCAUCAAAAAACGACUGCGUGCCCUGCAAUCCAGAGCGCCCUAUACAUGGAUCCUCUCGGGUGUCCCAGCACGACUUGAGUAAACUACUAAGCCGCACCACCUGCAGCGUACGCGAACACACACGGAGCAAACAGUGACCGUGCAGUGAAAAACACCCGCAGCUACACUCAUCUCUCCAUGCGGACGAGGAAUGGAACAGAGGAACGAACCGAAAAAGCGAGUGCAAUGUGCCACUUCUAGCCACAACUGAACAACUGAGUCACUGCGAACACGGCAACAAUCCAGCGGUCCCAGACAGCACCCUCCCUAUGCGCCACAAUUGAACAAAGCCAAGAGUCGCUGUGAAUGCGCCAAAUAACGUCCGACUGACCCAUCUAACUGUUGUGUUUCGUUUAAAGUCCGGUGUGGUUUAUUUGUGAAAAAAGUUCGAAAAUAGUCCAUUUAAUGACAGUGCGUUUUAGAAUCCAGAGUGCCCUAUAGUGCGCAAAAUACAGUACUGCAGUUUGCUUUUGUCCCAUUUUAACAUCUGGACAAACUUCAGAACUGUUCAGGACUGACAUGGAUUGAAUAUCUUGAUAAAUAUAAUAAUUUUGUAUGACUCUU